AUGGGAGAUAUAGUGCAUACUCUCUUAUUUGUCUUCUUUUUUUUAUCUCCCACUCCAGCUAGAGAUAAAGAAACGAAUUCCUCGUUCUUAUUCUCUAUUUCAAUCUUUUUUCCUUCGCUAGCUCUGUCCAGUCUUUUUUCCUUCGCUAGCUCUGUCCCACUCUGUCCCAGUCUUUUUUUUCCUUCGCUAGCUCUGUCCCAGUCUUUUUUUCCUUCGCUAGCUCUGUCCCAGUCUUUUUUUUCCUUCGCUAGCUCUGUCCCAGUCUUUUUUCCUUCGCUAGCUCUGUCCCAGUCUUUUUCCUUCGCUAGCUCUAUUUCAAUCUUUUUUUCCUUCACUAGCUCUGUCCCACUCUAUUUCAAUCUUUUUCCUUCGCUAGCUGUGUUCCAGUCUUUUUUCCUUCACUGGCUCUGUCCCACUCUAUUUCAAUAUUUUUCCUUCAUUCUCUCUUCACUUCACAAUCUCUUCUCCAAUCUUUUUGUUUUCACUAUCUCUUUCCUAAUCAUUUUUUCUUCCCUAAUCUCUUCCCUUCAUGAUCUCUUCCAAAAUCAUUCUCUUUUCCUUUUACUUUACUUUUUGAAAACUGUUGCUUCCCAUUUUCUUUUGGUCUUGUUUUUAAACAUUUUCUUCCUCUGUCUUUUGUUUAGAAUCCCUAAUUAUCCUUUUUUUUUUUUUUUUGCCCCAGAGAAAUUCUAA